UAUUGCUGCAUCAUGGCUACUGACUUCAUCUUGUCUCUGGAGCAGAGGAAGUUCUAUGAUGACAAUGGAUACCUCGUGAUCAAUAAACUCAUUGAUUUUGAGAGCUUGUAUACAUUCAAGAAGAGGUUUAUUGAACUCAGCAAGAAUCCCUCAGAGAAAGGUUUCAUCACGAUCGUGAAGGAUCCCAACUUGACCAUCAAAGGGCUGAAGGGCGAGGAUGUUAUUAAUAAGAUGCAGGAGGUCCACUUCGACUCGGUGUUCAGCGGGUACACGGAGCACCCUCGCCUGCUGCGCGUGGUCUCGCAGCUGCUGGGGCCAUCGCUCCGCUGCACCAACAGCAUGUUCAUCAACAAGCCGCCUGGCACGGGGGAGCAUCCGCCGCAUCAGGACCUAGCCUACUUCCCGUUCCGUCCGGCGCACCUGAUCACGGCGACGUGGACGGCGGUGGACCACGUGACGGUGGACAACGGCGCGCUAUGGGUUAUACCCGGCUCGCACAGGGCGCACACCCUGUACGAGCACGGCCAGAUGCCGGGUGCACUAAAGCUGUACCACGGCAUACUGUCCGGCGGUCCGAGCGGGCCGCGCGCGCCGCUGGAGAUGGCGCCGGGCGACACCGUGUUCUUCCACCCGCUGCUAGUGCACGGCUCGGGGGCCAACGUCUCCAAGAACUACCGCAAGUCGCUAGCGGCACACUACGCGAGCGAGGAGUGUGUGUACGUGGACGUGAGCUCCGGCCCGCAGGCGAGAGUCGCGGAGGAUAUUGUCAACGAGGGGAAACGACGCGGCUUCGAUCUUACAUACGAGGAGAUUUGGCGUUAUAAGAGCAAAAGUUUGCAAGUACCUGCCCCUAGCUCUAAGCUGUAAAGGCGUACACGGGAUGGGAUACAUAAUGUGACAUUUCUUAACAUGGCGGUUCGGGUAUUGCAUUUGGUUUUGGAAUCACGUAAGACUUAUUUAAGGAUAUACGUUACCUAUAUUAUGUUACAAAUGUUGUUAAAUAAUUGAAUGUAAGUAGGUAUAUAAAAGGGUUUAGGUUUAAUCAAAGUAUAGAAAAAUAUUCCAUGCGACGUUGAAAGCUGAAUAUUAAUAUAU